UCCUGAGUAGUCCCAGACGUCCUCUAUAAAACUGGAUUUCCAAUAUCCCUCACGGUCUUCUUGAUUACCGAUAGACAGAAAUGCCGCCAAAUACCCCCAUAACCCCCAAAAGAUCCCCUUGUCUAUACUCUAGUUGUGGUAUAAACAACGGAAUAACGUCAUUUGCGUUUAAUACCUGCUGUAAAGCGGAAGUGAUGAAGUGACGCUUUUUUUUUUAUUCACCUGUUGACAACCGAAACUCUUGGAUCGAGAAACUGGAAUUCUAAAAUUUCGAUAAUUGUGAAAAUUGGGGUUUUGUAUUAAAUACAUUUGGCGAUAAACGGAUUUGUGAAUGCUAUGAUGGUUAAUGGGUCGAAGUUCCAUCUUCUGUCUGUGGUGGGAUUGUUUCUAAGUUUUUGUGUAGAGCUGACAUUCAGUUUGAAGGUUACAUCUACUAGUCCAGGUGUAUUGGAAAAAGCUGCAGGCGAUGGUGUAAUAAUGGAUUGCAAGUUUACCAUUGAGAGUACUGAAAGUGGGCCAUGGGAUAUUGAAUGGUCUUUACAGCCUCCAGAUAAUAAUGGGCCAAGUAAUUUGUUAAACCAUCAAAGCCAAGGUGCUCCAUUACAGGAACUACUGAAACAGGAAACGAUAUUGCUUUGCAUUGUAUGUCCACUGAAGGCACUACUCCACUAACUUACACAUGGGAGAAAACCACUGGCACAAAAACACUUCCAAGUCGUUCAGUGCUGGAUUCAACAUCUGGAACACUUUCUAUGAAAAAUGUGUCAACAGACUUCUCAGGAAUCUACCGUUGCAGAGUAUCCAACAAAGUUGGAUCAGAUGAGUGCAUUGUCAACUUUUCUGCCACUGAGCCUACAAACAAUGCUGGAGUGAUUGCAGGAGCUGUCAUUGGAGUUCUUCUGUUUUUGCUGCUGUUGCUGAUACUCAUCUUCUGCUGCUUAAGGCGACGUAAGGAAAAGAAAUUUGAGCGGGAAAUCCAACAUGAAAUAAAAGAGGAUGUUCCAGCCCCAAAAAGCCGUGCCUCUACUGCCCGCAGCUUUUUGAGCAGUAACCGCUCUUCCCUUGGCUCCAUGUCUCCUUCAAACAUGGAUACAUAUCCCAAGACUCAGUAUAGUAAAAUCGGCAAUGGAGAUUAUGGUGUACAACCAACUUCAAUGAAUUCGGAACCAUCAAAGACAGUUUGAGCAGACCAGUGAGAG